UUGUAGUAAUAUAAGUUGUGUAUAUCCGAAAAAAAUAAUCUUGAAAUCUUCCUUCAUAAUUUUGCUACAGUUUAUAAAAUUUAAAAUCGCUACAGACUUUGGCAUGACCAAAUUCUACUGUUACAGACUUUCGCAACAAUGGAGAUUCAAUGGCGACAAUCGGCUGCUCCGUAUACCUUGCUUUCUACAGCAUCGUCGCUCAUCUUCAGUCAUGAAAGCUCCAGCGGCACUGAUUCCGAACUUCGAUUCCCAUGCAUAUGCCCGAUUGCUUCAGCUUUGCACGAAAAACAACGACCCCAACAGAGCCAAAACCAUCCACUGUGAUGUUCUGAAGAGGGGUAACUGUUUGGACCUAUAUGCUCGCAAUAUUUUGUUGAAUCUCUACUUGAAAACGGGGCUUUUAUCCGAUGGUCUUAAAGUGUUCGACGAAAUGCUGGAGAGAAAUGUUGUUUCUUUCGUUACAAUGAUUCAGGGAUAUUCUCAAUUUAAAGAGUACGAUAGAGCUGUAGAUUUAUUCUUUAAGGUGCAUAAGGAGGGCCAUGAACUUAACCCUUUUGUCUUCACCACGAUUUUGAAGUUGCUUGUGAGCAUGGAUUGGUUGGAGUUAGCGUUGUGUGUUCAUGCUUGCAUUUAUAAGCUUGGUUAUGGCUCUGAUGCCUUUGUUGGGACAUCUCUUAUUGAUGCUUAUUCGGUUUUUGGGGCUGUGAAUUUUGCUAAAGAGGUGUUCAAGGGAAUUGUCGAUAGGGACAUGGUGUGUUGGACUGGGAUGGUGUCUUGUUAUGCUGAGAAUGAUUGUUUUGAAGAUUCGUUGGAUCUCUUUAAUCAAAUGAGGUCGGCAGGGUUGAUGCCAAAUAAUUAUACUUUUGCAAGUGUGAUUAAGGCGUGCCUUGGACUUGAAAAUGCUGAAUUGGGGAAGAGUAUACAUGGCUGCGUUAUAAAGACAUGUUAUGAGAUGGAUUCUUAUGUCGGUGUUUCCUUGCUUGACUUGUAUACCAGGUCUGGGGACAUUGAAGAUGCUAGACAUGUAUUUGAGGAGAUCCCUAAAGACGAUGUAGUUCCAUGGAGUUUCAUGAUUUCUCGGUACUCUCAAAGUGAUCGUUGUCAGCAGGCGUUGGAUAUGUUUAUCCAAAUGCGGAAAGCUUUUGUAAGUCCUAAUGAAUUCACUUUGGCUAGCAUCCUCCAAGCUUGCGCGACAAAGGAGGACCUCGAGCUGGGGUGUCAAGUCCACUGCCACAUGAUCAAGGUUGGGCUUGAUUUGAAUGUGUUUGCUCUCAAUGCCCUCAUGGACGUGUAUGCUAAAUGUGGAAACAUAUGGUCUUCUAUGGAAUUGUUUGUAAAGUCCACGAAUAAAAAUGAGGUUUCCUGGAACACAAUGAUAGUUGGAUAUGUCCAACUAGGAGAUGCAGAGAAAGCCUUUCUAUUGUACCUAAAUAUGUUAGAACAAAACAUCCAAGCAACUGAGGUAACGUACUCCAGCUUGCUCAGGGCUGCUGCAUGUUUAGCAGCUUUGGAGGUUGGGAUUCAGAUACAUUCAGUGACGGUCAAAACCAUGUAUGAUGGAGAUGAUACUGUCAGUAAUGCUCUUAUUGAUAUGUAUGGAAAGUGUGGAAGAAUUAGGGAUGCUCGUUCAGUUUUUGACUCUAUGCGCACACAAGAUGUCAUUUCAUGGAACUCAAUCAUUUCAGCAUACUCGAUGCAUGGUCUUGGUGAUGAGGCGUUAAAGAUCUUUGAGGCUAUGCGAAAAGCCAACAUCACACCUGAUCCUUUGACCUUUGUUGCUGUCCUUUCAGCAUGUAGCAACACUGGAUCAAUGGAUCAAGGUGAGUCUUAUUUUACUUCCAUGCAAGAGGAUUAUGGUAUUGAACCACGCAUGGAACAUUAUACUUGUAUGGUAUCACUUCUAGGAAGAUUGGGUUAUAUUGAUAAGGCAGUAAAGAUGAUAGGAGAGAUUCCACAUGAGCCCAGUGUUAUGGUAUGGCGUGCAUUGCUUGGGGCUUGCGUUGCACACAACAAUGUUGAGUUUGGGAGGUUUUCCGCUGAGAAAGUGCUUGAGCUGGAACCCCAAGAUGAAUCAACUUAUGUGCUUUUGUCUAACAUAUAUGCAGGUGCAAAAAGAUGGGAUAAUGUGGCUAUUGUUAGGAAAAGGAUGAAGAGAAAAAAGGUGAAGAAGGAGCCAGGCCUUAGUUGGGUUGAGAUUCAGGGAAUGGUUCAUUCUUUUGUUGUAGGAGACAAUUCACAUGAAGAUAUUAAACUUAUUCGUGCAAUGCUUGAAUGGCUCAAUUUGAGAAGCAAAAGAGCUGGGUUUGCACCUAAUCACGACGUGAUUUUGCUUGAUGUGGAAGAGGACGAAAAAUCUCGUCUGUUGUGGUCGCACAGUGAAAGAAUAGCUCUGGCAUUUUCUCUUCUUGUAACGCCUCCCGGAAGCCCUAUACGCAUCAUUAAGAAUCUUCGCAUAUGUGCUGACUGCCAUGUUGCGCUUAAGUUGGCAUCUAAGUUGGUGAAGAGAGAAAUUGUUGUUAGGGACAUAAAGCGGUUUCAUCACUUUCAUGAUGGUAUAUGCUCCUGCAAUGAUUACUGGUGACUCUCUAGAUAUAUAUUUAGUGUUCUUCGACGGAUAAAUUGAUUGAGAGAGAACUUAUUGAGAUUAUACAAAUCGGUGUCGGCUCAGUUCCAUGAUGAUUCUGCUUUUGCAAUGAUACUCUGCAAGUGAUAUAGUAGUUUUCUUUUUUAUCAUCACUUGACACCGUAUUGAGAGCCUGCCUUACCAGCCAGUUCUUCCUACGAAGAUGGGAAUACUCUUUAACCACAACAGGCUGACCAGCUCUCUUGGCCAUCAUUUAUAACAUGGCAACCAAUACAAGCAUGUUUGAAUGGUUCAGUUUGUUCUGGGAGAGCUUCGUGAAGCACCAUGCACCCUGAAAGCAGUCCUUGCCCAUUUGAUUCCACUAGAGGGUUUGAACUUUGAAGCUGCGAGACUAUGAAUAUGACAAUGAAUAUAUGUGAUGAUUUUUUCUGCAUCUUUUGAAAUAGUUAUUCUAAGGAUGCAUUAAAUUCACAAAAGCUGUCCAGGGGAGGAAUUCCAUUGGCAAAUGGAGAUGCACUUUUUCAAAGCCUCCACCAUGGGCUUAUUCUUGGAUACUGGUUAUGAUAUGAUGUCCAGGUCUACCUCUGAAGCUGUAGACCAAGCAAUGGCUCAGUUUUGGGAGGCCAAAGUGAAAUUUGUUCGUGUUAAUUUCUAGUUGAGAAGCAACUGUACCAUGCUGCUGCUGAAUCUAGGUGAAAUGAUGCUGCUACCGAAUUCUCAUAUAGGGCGAAUUUCACCUAUUAUUUUGAGGUUGAGAUUGUAGGAAAUAUGUCAAUGAUAUGAAGUCCAAUAAUAUUGGAUUUUUACAAUGUAAAAUGUGUUGGCACUUUGUGGUGAUGGAAUAUUAAAUGCUUUCUUUA